AUGCUCUUUUAUGUUGUCUCGGACUCUGCUAAAGAUAAGCCCAAUAAGCGAGGUGGACAUCAGAGAGCCUUCAAUUCUUAUUAUAUUAGUAGAUUCCGGAGAUCAUCUAUCCUUGGAUCGCAAGUUCCUAUAGGGAGAGUCUUCGAUCCUUGGGUUAGGAAUGGUCUUCAAUUCUUAAUUCAGGAUUUUAAUUUUGGAACAGAGGUUGCAGAAUCUGAGAUUGCGUCAGGAGUCAACUUAGUCAGUCGUUUAGAGUCUUUCUAG